AUGGCAACGACAUCUUCGCAGUCUGGUUUCAUCGAAUUCAAGCUCGACUUCGCAGGAACCAAGACCCUUGCCAUCGGCGACAUCGUCCCCUCCGACGACUUCUCGGCAGGAGGGCACGUGUGGAGAGUAAAUUGCUACCCACAUGGAGACAAGGCGCACAGUAGUGGCGUUGUUUACCUCUCUCUCUUUCUAAAGCUCGUCAGCGGCUCCAAGAACGUCAAGGCCAUCUUUGACGCUUUCCUGCUCGGCAGAGACGGCCAACCGUCAUCUUCGCAUGGAAAUCGCUGUGUGAAGGUGUAUCCACCCGAGGGUUUCGGCUCAUGGGGCUUUCCACAGUUUGUGGAACGGAGCGUUCUAGAGUCCGACUAUGUCAAGGACGGCAGCGUCACGUUCAUGCUUGGAGUCAUAGUUCUGCAGCGGGACAACCCAAUACCGGCGCCGAGCUCUGACAUUGCCAGCCAUCUCGGCUACCUCCUGGAUCACAUGGACGGUUCCGACGACGUGACUUUCUCUGUCGGCGUCGAGAAGUUCCGCGCGCACAGGGCCGUGCUCGCCGCCCGCUCGCCGGUCUUCAAAGCGCAGCUCUUCGGCUCCAUGGCGGACGCCAAGAUGCGCUGCAUCACGCUGCACGACAUCAAGCCGGCAACGUUCCAGAUCCUGCUAAGGUUUAUCUACACCGAUGAACUACCAAGAGAUGAGGAGAUCCAGAGCUCUUCUUCCAACAUCGAGUUGUUUCAGAAUUUGCUCGCAGCAGCUGACAUGUACCAGCUCGCAGCGCCCGCAAGCUAUGGGAGUGCGUAUCGGGGGAGACUGUUGCCAAGGUUCUCGGCUGCGCUGAAUUGCACAACUGCCCGGAGCUGA